AUGAAGGAAUAUAAUUAUAUUUUUUUUUCCAGACCCUUGACUUGUGAUGACAUUCUAAGCAUCAAAGAAGAGGAGGAUGUACCUGCCGCAGUGUAUAUAGAACCAACUAAUGGCAUCCUCACUGGCGAAGAUUCUGCAGAAGAUGAGGGUGGGGUCAUAGAUAAUCUCUCAAGUAAACAACUGAAUUCUUUAGCUGAGGCAGUGUUUACGGAUGGGCGGCACACCACAGAUGAUGAUAAAGGCUAUGAAGAAAAAGUUGAUGACCAAGAUAAAAGCAAUGAUGAGCAUGAUACUGCUUUUCGUUGCAUUUCAAGAUACAAGAAGCCUAAAUGGUCUCGAGGCACUAUUCGGACAUCAUUAAAUUAGAUUAGAUAGAUCUUUCCAGAGGCAAAUUAUGCAAGGCACAGAGAUUUUUCCCCUGCUGAGCUUUUUGAACUUUUCUUCGAUGAAGAAAUAUGGAAUCUGAUAGUUGACCAGUCCAUUGUCUAUGUUAACUUCAAGGGAGAAGCUUCGUUUACAGUAACGAAAGAAGAGCUAAAAGUAUUCCUGGGAAUUCUUGUGGCAUCUGGCAUAGUUCCAGUUCCUUCACGAAUAUCGUUUUGGAGAAAUUCAUCUAUAACUAGAACUCCUCACUUGAUAAAACUGAUAAGUACGCUAAGCUUUGCCCACUAAUAAAUCUGAUCUCAUGUAGGUUCGUAGCCCAUUUCCAUCCUGAGAAAUCUGUCACAUGAUGAAGCAAUGAUCGAAUACUUCGGCAAACAUGGAUGUAAGCAAUGUAUCAUAGGAAAACCCAUAAGAUUUGGAUAUAAAGCCUGGUGUCUGAAUACUGACAGUGGAUAUUUAGUUACCUUUGACCUUUAUCAGGGAUGCACAUAUGAACGAAAUCCUGAAAAUGAGAAGACGUUCAGUAAAUGUGCCGCAACAGUUUUAAAAAACAUAGAUUCAUUGCCAGAAGGUAAGAGAAACCUUCCUUAUAAUUUUUACUUUGAUAAUCUCUUCACAUCUUUCCCACUUCUCAAAGAACUACAAGACAGAAAUUUUGGUGGUACAGGCACUAUGAGAGAAAACAGGUGUAAGACAUGCCCUUGACACCAGUCACAAAAAUGAAGAAGCAAAAGAGAGGAAGCAGUGAGUAUGUUGUGGACACAGAAAACAAGGUUACUAUAUGCAGAUGGAUGGAUAAUUCAGUCGUGACAAUUGGCUCAACAGUUCACACAAAUGAGUCUUCACGUAAAGUGAAACGACAUUGCCAAAUGAAAAACAAGAAAAUAGAAGUUGACUGUCCAAAGAUGAUUCAAGAGUAUAUUCACCACAUGGGAGGGACUGAUAGACAAGAUCAAAAUAUAAGUAAAUAUCGUAUUGCGAUUCGAGGGAAAAAGUGGUGGUGGUGCAUUUUUACAUGGAUUAUUUAUGUGGCACUACAUAAUGUAUAGCUUUUACAUAAGAAGUCUGGCGACAAUUUACGGCAAUGUGAUUUCAAGGAAUAUGUUGUUGAUGUAUAUCUAACUAGGCAUGGUAACCCUCCACAAGGUCAAGGACAGCCUAGGUCUAACGAGGCGCAGAGAGGUAAACGCGUAUUUGAUGAUAUUCGUUAUGAUGACAUGAAUCAUUAUCUCACAAAAAC